AACCCCCCAACAAAACCAAAGAUGGAAAAGAAGCACCUUUCUGCUUCUUCAUCAAAAAUGGCAGUAAAAAAACCCAGUCUCUUUUUCAUCUACAUUUCCUCAGUUGGCUCAUUGCUCUAAUUGGUUAAUUUACACUUCUCCCAUUAAAUCCUUUCAACUGCCAAAUACCCCCCAAAAAAAAAACUCAAAAAAUCCUCUGUUUUCUUCUCUGUUUCUUCUACUCAAAAACCGCCAUUGAAAUGACCUCCAUAAGCUUACAAGAGCUCCAUCUUUACCACUCCAUUGACAGAGAAAUCUUCUCCCGUUUGCUCAUCAAGCUCUCUCGAGACCCCGCUCAGUCCCUCCUAAUCAUCUCUCUUUGGCUAUGGCUCGAAGAACAGGGCUUCACCAAUUUCAUUUUCAGAAUCAUGCCUCUCUCCGACCCUUUAUUGAAUUUUCUAGCCAAUGAAGCUGUUUUCUGUCUCAGCUGCUUAGAUUCCAACAAUCACGCCACCGGGCCCCACCCCACCGUACUUCCUGCCACCUCGACGGCGGCCGGAAGAGAAAUUCCGGUUGAGAUGUUCAUCCAAAACCGUUUCAGGGCAAUCAGUGGGGUGAAGUACUUUCUCACUCAUGUUUGUGCUCGGAUUUUCACAGACAUUUUGGAGAUUGUUUUGGGUAGAACUAAUUCUCAAUCGAAUGAGGCUUUAGUGAUUCAUGGGUUCCCACAUCCGAUCUUUGGUUCGAUCACAAUUAUCCCCAAAUCCUUGGACCAAAAUUUUCCGACCGGCGGGCUGUGGGGGUGGCCGUCCGCAGACGGCGGAAUGUCGGAAGACGAUCGGACUCUGUUUCUUACAUUUUCACGAGGUUUUCCGGUGACGGCGGAGGAAGUGAAGGGGCUUUUUGCAGAGGCAUUUGGAGACUGUGUUGAGAGUAUUCAAAUGGAGGAAGUUCCGGCCGGCGAGCAGCCGCUGUAUGCUCGAAUGAUGAUGAAUUCGGUGGUCGCCGUCGAUCAGAUUCUCGACGGGAAACGAAUUGCUAAGUUUCGUAUUAAUGGGAAACACAUUUGGGCUCGAAAGUAUGAGCGGAGAUCGGAGUUAUUGAUAUGAAACAGAACAACCCAUUUCGGAAAAAAUGAACAUCUUUGUGGGUUUUGAACAAAAAUGCCAACUUUGUAGUUUAACUUAAACAAUUUUCACAAAUUUCUUCUUGUGCGUGUGUGUGUUUUUGGUCUCCUUAUGUUUCAU